AAUCAUUGUAUAAUUGUCUUUUGAGUCCAUCCAUUUGUCUUGUUUAUUAUAAUGUUAGUUUCUAGUUUCAGCUUGCAGUUGUAACUUAGCUUAAUUGUGUUUCAGGUUUGAAUAAUAUAAACGUUAAAAUUUUUGUCUGCCAGAUGCAUUAAAUAUUCUGAUCACUUUCUUGAUUAUCUUUUGUUUAAUAGCGUUCAUCACGAAAGUACCGCGUUUGAAAUGGCUUACAUAACAACAAUAUGUUACAAUUUAUUAACGACUAACGCUAGUAUCUUGACUAACGCUAGUAUCUUCGGUAAUGCAAGUACGACGUCAUCUACAAGUGAAUCUUGUCUACCGGAUGGUAAUUAUCGUCAUUGGUUCUUGAUUCCUGCUGUUGCAAUAUUGACAAUAUUAGCAUUUUUAAAUCAUCGUAAGAGCUUUAAGAUUGAAAUGUUUAAAGGUCGUCCUGGUGUUGUGAUUCCGAUAGAUUUUCUAGACAGAAAUCGUAACACAAUUGUAACUUUAUUUGGAGCAAUAACUGGUUUUAUUUUGUUGCUCGUAUGGCGAGUUUUUCAUUCUCCUAGGAACGAUUGGUGGUUUAAACCAUUGUUCGUCAUUGUAAUAUGCAUUGAGAUUGCCUUUCUCUUUUAUCCAAUCUUUGGAUGUUUGGCUUCACAUUAUCGUAUUAUUGGAUCAUUGUUAGGCUUUAGUUACAGUGUAUCGUUCUUCUUGGUAGGAAUUAUUAAAGAUAUUGAAUUUUAUCAGAAGUGCGCGAACAAUGAUUCUCUUCUUAUUAUUGUCGGAGACAUCCCAGUAAUUCUUUGUCAACUAUUUAUUAUUGGCAAAUUUUUGAUUGUGUUGUUUAAAGAGAGAAAGAAUUUUGGUCAACUAUUCUAUGAUGAGACCAAAGAUAAUUCUAUUAAUGUAAAACUUUCAUUGCCAUGGUUCAAUGAUUAUGUCAAAAAUGUUUUUUAUCCAAGACAAACACCUGACCAUUCCAAAGUUUUAUCAUAUUUAAGGAAGAUAUAUAAUCCUCAUAAAUAUUUUAAAUUUUCAACUCAUACUUCAUCUGUGUUGAUGGUUUGUUCUAUAUUUCUAUAUUACGGAACAAUCAGUUUCAUUAUAAGUGUUGCUCGAUACUUUAACGUUCGCGUGCAAAAUUCAUUUGGUCGUGGCAUUCGUGAUUGCUUAAUCGCAGCGUUAAUUCUCACGUUUUUGUUUUGUGCGCUCUCCCUUCUUCGUUUUAUGGAGAAUCAUAAAAAUAACAUGUUACGAAUGUUUAAAGGCGAUAAAUCCUUCAUUCCAAAAAAAAUAAAAUCUUCACAGUUUAUGAUCGGAAAAUGUUUGAGAUAUCAAAGUUUUCAAAUUGGCUAUUUUCUUUGGGGUUAUUUGUUACAGUGGCUUAUGUUGUUCCUUAUUUGUGUACUUUUCUACUGUCUAAAGUUUCCCAUUUAUCAAAAAUUGAUUUUGACUCUUGUCGAAGUAGCAAGCGUUUUCUUAGCAUUGGGAUUAUUAACAUAUCUUACUCUUGCUUUAACUGCUGUGGCAAUUUUCCGUGAUCCUAAUUACAAUAAAAAUGUAAUAUCCAUGAACAACAGGAACGCGUAUUUAGUAUUUUCAUAUUUUUGGUUCUUCAUUGGUCUUCCCAUGGGAAUGUUGUCAGCAUUGUCACGUAUUUUAAAAGCAAUGAUAAUUGGGCUUAUCUUGUUACCAAGAGUGGAUCAUAGUGUUUUGCCUGAAGGUUUUCAACGAUUUGAUCCUGGUUAUAUUUCGUACAUCGCCUAUCUUCAUGUUCAAGCUGCAUUUAGAAAUCCUAUUUUACGAGUAUUUUGUCAAACAAUCUUUGACAGAAAGAAUGGUAUCCGUCAAUGGAAAUGUUCACCUCAAGCCCGCACCAGGUGGUUCCUUGCCUUAACUUUGGCCCGCAAUCCUGAGUUUAUCAGUUAUCGUAAAGAUAAAGAAGAACGUCUAAAUGUUCCAGUUCGCACGAGCUCAGUGAGAGUUAUUUUGGACAGUUCAGAUGAAACAAACUUAGUUUCCUCUUGUUAGCUUCAUGACAACAAUCUUGCGAAAUUAUCAACGAUUGUUUUUGUUUCCUUUUAUGGUUAAAUAGUUUAGAAGAUUGAAAAUAGGAGUAAUUUUGGUUUCAUACCUGCAAUAUUAUACACGUAAAGAGAUUGAGGUCGUUUUUUAGUGCUCAUUGAGUUAGUUAAACAAACAUACAUAAUAAAAUAUGUACUUAAAAAAGUA